AUGGGCCUGUCUCGAUUGAUCAAAUAUGCAGUUUGGGCACUCGCUUCUUCCUGCCUCGCUAAUGCAUCCCUUCAGAUAGUUCCUGGAGCAACUUGGACUUCUCCCACCACGCAUGCCCACAUCCAAGCCCACGGCGCCGGCGUCAUCGAAGUAGACGGCACUUACUACCUAAUCGGCGAAGACAAAACUAACGGCACCUACUUCCGACACGUCAACUGCUACUCCUCCACGGAUCUGGUGAAAUGGAACUAUGUCGGUCCACUGUUGACCGUCACAUCAAGCGGCGACCUGGGUCCCGGGCGAAUCGUCGAAAGACCAAAAGUCAUAUACAAUUCCCGCACGAAGAAAUAUGUUCUCUAUAUGCAUAUUGAUAGCUCGAGUUAUGGGGAGGCGAAAGUGGGCGUUGCAACGGGGGAUAGUGUCUGCGGGACGUAUAAGUAUUUGGGCAGUUGGCAGCCGUUGGGAUAUCAGUCGAGGGAUAUUGGGUUGUUUCAGGAUGAUGAUGGGUCGGCUUAUUUGCUUACGGAGGAUAGAGCAAAUGGUUUGCGCAUCGACUCACUGACGGACGACUAUCUCAAUGUCUCCGCGCCCGUCCAUCUUUUCUCCGACAUGGAGGCACCAGCAAUGGUGAAAUUGAACGGCUACUAUUUCAUGUUUGCCUCGCAUCUGACGGGCUGGUCCACAAACGAUAAUGCGUACAGUUACGCCACGAACUUAGCCGGACCCUGGUCAAGCUGGAAGACCUUUGCAACGGUGGGAUCAGAUACCUACCAGUCCCAGACAAACUACAUCCUACCGUUCCCCGGUAAUAGAACGGUCAUGUAUAUGGGUGAUCGCUGGAUCUCCACUGAUCUUGUCGCGAGUACUUACGUAUGGCUUCCGCUUACAUUUAGUGGCACCACUGUCACUAUGGCAGAUUAUACAAGCUGGGUUCCAAACGUUCAAGCGGAUAGCUGGUCAACUGCUCCAUCUGAAAAUCGUUAUUAUGGGGUGAAUGCCACCCUCACCAAGGGGGCUGUCAUCGUGUCGUGUUCCGGAUGCUACGACAAUGAAGCUGCCGGGUAUAUUGGUGGCCCAAGUGGAGGAACCGCGACUUUCACGGGUAUCACAGCGACUUCGUCCGCAUUAUCGACUGUGCAAAUAGUGUAUCGGAAUGGUGAUAGUACAGCUCGAUACGCUGAUGUAACGGUAAAUGGUGUGACGCAGUUGAUUGAGUUUUUGCCAUCGUUGUCUCCUGGGACGAGUGUGAUUAAUUGUCAUCUCAAUGCGGGCUCGAGUAAUGAGAUUGUUAUCACGACAACUGAUGGGACGUAUGGACCGGAUAUUGGGACGCUGGUCGUGCCACAGCAGUAA